AUGGGGAGCGACUGGCAUCCACGCAGGCACCCGCAGCCCGACCCCAACCGCUUUCCCCAGCGAACCCUCCCCAGCUUUGCUGAGCUGACCUCGUCGUCGUCCGACUCAGUCCUGCACCGCCCGCGUGACUCUGUCCCGCCGCCGCCGCCUGCUGCAAACACCGCCGACCGGCCUGUCUCACAAUCCACGCCGCCCACGACGCUCGCCGCGCUCGAUUUUGCCAAUUCCACCCAGCAAGCCUCGUUCACCGCAAUCAAUCACACGAGCCCGCACGUCAGCCCCACCAACACCAGAAUCCCGCCCCUUGCACCAGAACAACAGCAACAUCAUCAUCAUCAUCACCAAAGGUUUUCUCUUUCAUUACCCCAACCAACUGCUGGCCCGUAUAGUCCCCAGGAGGUCGCUGCAACAUCGCAACCACCGCCGAUUGCCAGCUUGCGCCAAGACUCGGCCAUCUCCCAGCACCGUUUCGACACCUCAAAAGAAGCCGAGCCCACUGUUCCUUCCUCUGUUCUUGCCUUUUCCUAUUUUCACCCUGCUGUAGGGGGUAAUGGUCGUCAGCCAAACGCUCCCCGGCCAAUCUCACAUCCUGCUGGGCCCGCUUCUCCCCGUUCCCCAGCGAGUGAAUAUCGCUCAAAUCAACCAUCUGUAGAGACAGGAACUCGCAACCAAAACGGAGCAACCUCACCAUCGUCAUCCUCCAACCCUCACACUUUUGCCGAAUCUUCCAGGUCGCCAGAGCAAGUGCGAGACGUCAACACAGACUCCGGAUCCAAGAGACCACUACCAUCUCCAACGUUAGAUCAAACAAACGGCAGUGGACGACAUCAACGCUACAACGUAAGAUUCAACACCGUCUACACCUCGGAAAACAUGCCGCCAAAUCAAAGACCCCGGCCAGACCCCCAUCCGACAGCCCCUGUGCCAGUGGAGACUCCCGAAGAACAGCCAUCGCCUGAGCACACUAUCAAGCCUUCUGUGGAGCAGGCCAUCUUGGCCAUCACCACUGCAGCUCCUCCCCCUAUGGAGGAUCCGGCGCAACUUCAGCAGCAAAACACGCCCCAAGUGGAGCGAUGCAAGAACUGCGGUGUUCGCUGGAAGCGGCCUUUACCCGGAGAAAACCAGUUCCGACUGAGCUCACCUGCGCAGAAUAUACGCGAACAGACAAGAUUAACCGAGGAUUACAUCAAACGACUGGAAAAUCACACCAAAUAUGCCGACGAAGCGUACGCGCAUUGGGUACGCCAACACCAGAUGUGCCCCGCGGCUGCAACCAGCCCGCCCGAGACAGAAGCAGCACACAAGUCACGGAGUAGAAGCAUAGAAGACCCUUCACCUCCCAGCCCUCCAGCCCAUCCUGUUUCCGCCAAGCGAAAGUCCGAGAUACCUCAUGAAGCCUCCAAGUACCGAAAAGUAGUAACAUUUGACCCUCCAUCCAACCCAACACCACCUGUCCGUUCCACAGCUCCGGCCUAG